AUGGCAUCGACGGCGCCGACGCGCAAACGGCGCGACGGCGAAUUGUCGUCAACCUCGUCCAGUAGCAGCAGCACUUCGGACAGCACUUCGACGACCGUGUUCGACGUGACCAAGGCCGUUUUCACGACGACCACCACAACGUCGGAAGAGGACGACAGCAGUCGCCAGUCUGUGCCAGUUGUGUUCACCGACCAGGGAAUUUGUAUUGCCGGCUACAACGCUCCCAUGGCUGUGACUGAAACAGAAGACGAAGUUAGCACCACCACGACCACCACAGAACUGCAGCAACAGCAGCAGGAACAAGACACUUCUGUAGCUGGCAUCUUCCAGUUGCUUCCUGUCGGGUCAUACUUGCCCACGUUUGUCACCAUAGACCAAGUUGACGACGAAGACGAAGAGUGCGUUGAGGAGGAGAAGCCAGUGGAAGAAUACGAUGAAGAUGGUCCAGCAGGUGCGGAAGAAGCAGAACUGCCAGCUGUUCGCGUCGUCGAGGCUGCAGUUCACAAGCAAGAGACGUUCGUCCAUUUGGGGCCAUUGCAGGGAGAGACGGCAGGCACUGCAGCCUGGUCACAACCAGCACCGCCGCUAACCUUGCCCCCGACUUUAAUGAUGCCACCACCGAUGUCGCCGCCCAUGCCACAACCAAUGUAUGCUGGCAUGCAGGCAGGCCAGGGCUACAUGCCACAGCAGUAUGGCAUAGUUCCACCGUAUGGGUGGCAAGCGCAGAUGAUGCAGAGUCAAGAUCAAGGCUCAAAUUUAUGGUGGCAAACGGGACAGUCUCAGUGGAUGCAGGGUUCAUACAUGCCAGAAGGCUCCCAAAUGAUGCAGCAGCAGCAAUGGAAUCAACAGCAUCCCCAACAGGAGCUUAUGACAGAAGAGUUUCAGCAAGAUAUUGUGGUGUCGCGCAGAAAAGGUCAAGCACCAUCACAGUCCAAAGCAGAACUAUGUAUGAUUUGGAGCAGCAAGAGAGAAAGGUGGGGGCAGCCACAAGUGGAACUAUGCAGUGAUUUUGCGCAGCAACACGAUUAUGGAACAGUGGGCUGGCCUGAAGGAGACGUUUACAUGCCUCAGCAAAAGCCAAUGCAGGAUGCUGAACAGCAGCAUGGUUAUAAACCGAAAAACUGGGGCAUGAAAAUGACCUAUGGGGCUGGAAGCAUGCCAAUGCAAGACUUUGGAAUGCAGCACGACAUUUCUGUUGCAAUGUCUCCACCGCCUGCAGCAGCAAACAGCUUGUAUGAAAUGGUAGACAUGGCUGUCGGUGACAGUAAGCCACGCGACUUUGCGGAUCGCAGAUUUCCUUGGAGACCGAUGUCCCGCAUCCAGUCGGGGCCAUCACUGAGCAGCUGCACAUCGUCCGUUUUUAUGUUUGGCAAUUCAGAGGUCCCUCACGUUGUGAGUGCUGGCACACAAGUCGGUGAAAUCAGCCGUCACCGUGCGUCACCAACGUUUGCCUUCUCGGCUCCAAGAUUAGAGACAGCCUUACACCCGUGUGUUGCAGUCUGCUCACGGAACACUGUGAGCCAUCCCUGCACUUUGAACAUAAGCAGCUAUCCAGGACGUCUGUCCCAAGCAGCUCGGACAAGGGACGCAAUCUUUCAGACAGAGGAGCCGGUUGCUGUGAGGGCUCCUCACCGCAACCAAGACUUUGUAGACCAGGACCUCGUAAGUGUGAGGUCUCGGUCACUCUCUAGGGAACCUGCCUCGAGAACACCACUCAGAGAGGUGGCCAUUCAGACAUUUGCGGGCCCACAGGUGCUGCGUACGGUGUCACCUUCCUCGUCACCUUCGUACGGUCUUGGUCUGUUCGGAAUGUCCCCAAUGAGCUCCUCGCGAUGCACUUCACCUGGUCAAGACACGGCGCACCAGACCGACAGGUUUGCCGACGUUCGUAGAAGUCCGCUUGGAGGGCCUUUUUCUCACGACGAGUUCACCGGGCAAGUUGUCGAGCCAACCAGAAGUCUUGGACACGACAUAAUGAUCCAGGCAAGCCCUUUGGCACCGGUUGCCAGUAGUGCCUGGGGUCCCUCGAUAUCUCGGCACACCAGUGCGGCGCCUGUGACUGAAGUUUACCCGUGCGGCCACUUGCCGGAAGUUUUGCAGACGAGGGACAUCCCUCCGAGCCCUCCCCCACUAUCGCCACCUCCUCGUUCACCAGCUCUGUGUCCUUGUUUGGCAAGCCAUGGUUGGGCCCCUGUUGUAGUGGAGCAAAAGGUUGGCAUCGGUGGAAAAUUAGCACAGCUUCUGAUGCUGAGGAAGCAGCAGGGUUUGAUUCCUGAGCACCCCAACAUGGAAGACAAGGGCACCUCCGAGGGGCCCUACGUGGGACCUGAUGGUGAGCAGGACUACGGACACCGAGGUUUCUCGCAUGCGGAACAUUAUUCAGGGGAAGGCGACCACACGGAAACCUGUGCGGUUCUCGGGUCUGCCAGUUUUGUGGCAGAUGGUUCAACUGUCCCAGGCGCAGGCAGGAGGUCUUCUAUUGAAACAACUAGCAAUGUGACGAGAUCUACUAAAGUGGUUGCCAUGCUACCCGAGGUUUCCGUGGCCUGUUUCCUUCUGGCCUUACUUUUGGCGCUGGUCGCAUCGGCUGCUCUUCUUUCUUGGACAACACGCCGACAUGCGCGCUGUUCUUCCACACGAUCGUAA